ACCCCAUCCGUCGACAACGACGCCCACGAACCCUCCAUCCACGAAAACAGCUCCAUCCAUAUCCACGAAACAUCAAAGUCAAGUCAUCACCAGCUACAGGCUCUUGUUGCGCGCAUGCGAGGCGCUCCCCAGGGCCCCAAUCAUGUUGAUGGCGCCUACAAAGAGUUUGACAAGAUCAGCAAGCGGUGCGCAGCCCUUUGCGAGGCUAUCCUGCGAGAGGAGAUUAAGCUGCCUCGCAAGCUCUCCGACACCAACGAUACUCUCCCCUUGAUUCGCCACGAUUCCCUGGUAUACGGCCCUCGCAGUCCAAGUGCUCUGUUCGACCAUAGAAGUUCCUUUAGCGGCCGCAGCUUGGCCGAAGUAGUCACAAAUGGUGGGAGGAGUCACCAUGGCGGUGACACGUGGCUUACUCCCAUCCGCGACUGGAAGGCAUGUCUGGAGGUGCUGGCGGACUCGUUCAAAACCAGCCUCGCCGAGACGUACAAGAGCUACGAACGGGAUGCGACGCCAGACAUGCUCGAGAAUCUCUUCUCCAGCAAGAAAUUCAGAAGAGAAGCGGUCCACCGAAUGCGCAAUGCGAGCGUCACCAAGAUUUUGUCUGCAGAUCCCCAAUUUUUUCCGCGAUAUGAAAUACGAUUUAGAAACUACGAAAAGGUCAAGCAAGAACUCAGCGAUGUUCGAAAACUGCUCCAAGCUGGAGAAUCGGGCAUCUCUCCGGCAAGAGUCAUUGAGGAAUUUGCCAUCCACCCUCGCGGUGACGUUGUUCUCGAGUUUGCCAACAUUGGCCCCGAUGCCACCGGCAAUGAGCCUGCGCUGCGCUUCCGUGUUUCUUCCGCCUUGCUAGCAGAGACGUCGCCCAUCUUCGGGCGGUUGUUUUCUGGGCACCCCAACAGUCUCUACAUGCAUGAAACUGACGACAUCACUGACGAACUCCCGCCGCUGCCGGUGCCGUAUGUCUGUGAUGAUGGAUCCGAAGUCAAGCUGUACCGGAUGCCGCAGCAAGAAUUCAACCGCUUCGGUUCACUCGAGAUCCUGCUCCAUGCCGGCCACAUGCACAACGAUCAAGUGCCCAGGGACGUUACCUUUGAGCAAUUCGUCGCCAUUGCCGAGUGUUCCCUGCGGUACAGAAGCACAUCGCCGUUGGAAUUGGUCGUCGAGCACAGGUGGCUGCCGCAGUGGAUGCACAAGGGGGCCGAUGACAUGCCGGAUGGGCUUCUCAUCAUUAGCUACGCGUUUGGCCUCCGCCAGCUCUUCACUCGAAUGUCCAAGAGCGCUAUACUAAAUCUUGCCGACGAAAAAGACUUGGACAGUAAAGCUUGGCCCAGGAAGAUCAAGGAUAAAGUCUGGGCGGUUCGCUGCGCCAAGGUUGAUCAACUCUACGCAAGCUGUAGGAGCACAAUACAGGAAUAUAUCCGACCAGCGCAGGAUGAUUCUUCGCAAACUAAUCAGCAUAUCCCUCUCUCCGAACUCGACAGCCACCUCGCCUCGCCCAUCCAGCCUUCCAUGGCGCUGACCAGCACCCCGAGAUGCCCCAAGGGCAACCACUGGUGUGACGCUUCCAACCUCGGGUGGAUGAUGCUGGUGUACAACGAACUCGGCUUGCUGCCCACCAUUGUACAGCCCAGCCUCAUGUCACACCUUCCCAACGUUCGUCCUCCGUCCAAGAGCUUGGCACAGAUGAUGGAAACGCUUCGCUCGACACCGAGUCCUCCUGCGCCGCUUCACCCUGGAAGCGUUUGUGACCCUGUUCCCGCGUUUCGAGCAUCCAUUGCCGAUAUUUACAACAGCGUCACCGGCUUGACCCUAUUUGAUAUCAGCGGCAAAAGCCACGGCUGGGCGCUGUCGAAGCACAAAAUAUCAGAGCCACAGUUGCUUCUCACCGCUGGCCUGAACCGAAUGGCUGCUGCGCAUGAGAACAUUCACAGUGUUGUUAGCGAAUUCCCAGAAGAGAUUCGACUCCGGAUUCUUGGUGAGAUGGAGGACCUGGAGGAUCUUCAGGCCGCUGCCAGGAUCAACCGAGGCUUCUACGAGACGUACAAGAGAAACGAACUCCAGCUCAUGCGCAACAUUCUGCGUGCCGAUAGGAUACGGUGGGGAAGCGUGGGACGAUACUCGCUGGAAGACGACAAGGCGGAAAGCAAAAUAUUAAAGUCAGAGGCCGACUUGCUCAAAGAAAGGGGCUUUGGUGAUGGUGCAGAUGCAAUUACUCUGCGAAGCGAAGACGACGAAGGACUGUACGAUUCGGACGACUCGGAUGACGACGACGACGACGACGACGGCAGCGUCGACCCGCUGACUCGAAACGGCUCUGUAUCCUCACAAGGCGGGCGGUCCCACGCCAGCCAUGAGGAUGAUGUUGUGAGUAUUCUGGCCCUCGCCAACAUUGACGAGAACCAUGAUGGCUCAGAGGACGAUGACUCGGCCACUCCAACAACACCUCGGCAGCGCUCCUUUGAGCUUUCAAAUGAAUCGACUACACCUUCGGAUCAAACGAGCGUGAUAUCGGCGGACGACAUUUACGAGCCCCCGAUGACGGAAGAGGAAGCACGCAGAAUCCUAUGGCCCGAUCACUUGGUAGUGACUCCACCUCCAGAGCGAGGUGCUGUAUCUCCCGGGGUGGAGGGUUUGCGCGAAAAGUUUCGGGUUGGCGAUAUUUCUUUUAUUGAGGGCCUUGAAGACAAGGCGCUGAUCAAGACGGAGACGAAGCAGCUGCAAAGCGAGCACGAUGCGAGAAUUGGCCUUCUCAGAGAUGAUGCGCGGCCUAGCUCUAGCUCGUCGACAAGGAAAGCUUCUAAUGGAGUUGAGCAUGUUGAGAAGAUUAAUGGCAGGAAUGGGGGGGAGGACGGAGUGGAGGUGGUCUUGUCUUGA